GGCCGCAUAAGCCUGAGGCCGGCAGGUGCCCCGCCAGACGCUCCCCGAUGGCCGCCCCGCCAACCAGCCGCUCCUUCAGCCGCGCCGAGCUACGCUCCGGCUGCGCCCAGGGCGCUUGCCUGGUGCUGACCGGCCGCCGCCUCUACGACCUCAGCGCCUUCGCGCGCCUCCACCCGGGCGGGCAGCAGGUGCUGCUGGAGCGGGCCGGCACCGACGUGAGCGCCGCGCUGGACGGGCCGCCGCACCGGCACUCGGCCAACGCGCGCCGCUGGCUCCAGCAGUACUACCUGGGCGAGCUGGAGCCCGACGGGGCCGCCGAGCAGAUUUGCGCAAAGGCACCAAACUCCACCACUUCUGAAGCCUCAGCUCCUGUCACGUCCGGGAAACUUAGAUUGGCAUCAGUCAAUGGAGAUAAGGACCUGGUGGACUGGGGAAAGCCUCUGCUCUGGCAAGUGGGCCAUCUGCAGGAGAAGUACGAUGAAUGGGUGCACCAGCCAGUGGAUCGGCCAAUUCGCCUCUUCCAUUCGGAUCUCCUGGAGUCCCUCUCCAGGGCACAGUGGUACGUUGUCUGUAUAGUCUGGCUACCGGUGGUGUUCUUCCUCAGUUGGCACUGCUACACCGCCCUUGCCCAAGGCAAAACCCAGCUGUUUUCCUCCUUCACAUCAGCCUAUGCCGUUCCUGUUCACAAGUACUGGUUCCCUCCGCUCUUUGUCUUGGGCAUAUUCAUCUGGUCCCUGCUGGAGUAUCUCAUCCAUCGCUUCAUCUUCCACAUGAACCCUCCAGCCAGCAACUACUAUCUGAUCACGUUGCAUUUUCUGGUACAUGGCCAGCAUCAUAAGUCCCCGUUCGACAGCUCCCGCCUGGUCUUCCCACCUGUGCCGGCCUCCCUGGUCAUCUUCUUCUUCUACUUUCUUAGUCAAGUGAUUUUCCCUAAAGAAUUUGGGCUCUGCAUCCUGUGCGGAGGAAUCCUUGGCUACAUUAUUUAUGACAUGAUGCAUUAUUACUUGCACUACGGCUCGCCCGGAGAAGGCACCUACUUCUACGGUCUGAAGACCUAUCACAUCAAGCACCACUUCGAACACCAGAAAGCAGGCUUUGGUAUUUCCAGCCGAUUCUGGGAUCAUCCCUUCCACACGCUGAUUCCGGAAGAAAAGAAGAAGAACGAAUAGCCUUCAUCCUUCCUGCUUGGCCCCUGGUGCUGCAACCAGAGUCCCGCCGGUGGCUGUCAUUGGUGGAACUUUGCAGGGCCUGGAACAACCCUCGGAUUUGGACUGGGGAGAGAACAUAGUCUCCUUUUCCUGCUGCUGUGUGGCCUUAUUUUGGGAGGUUCUCAGGGAUGAAGAGUGCCUGAAGACACCCUAGAGCUGUGAAGAAGCAAAUGGGGGGGGGCAGUUGCACCUUAACGUCAUAGUCAGGGAUGGAUGUCGGAGCAGAAAUCCUGCCCAGUUUUAUUUCCUUCUAUUUAAGUAUAAUUUUAUUAAAGAUUUUUCUUAAAUGAAAGAACGUGAAAGCUAAUGCAAACUAAUAUAAAGUGAGAACAAGAAAAGAGCGAAGAAGAAACCAAAGAGAAAACUAGAAGUGCAAGAAAAGAGGAAAAGAAAAAUAGAAAAAAGAGAUACAAAGUGUCUGAUCUAUUUUACAGCAGUUAUAAGUACAAUUAUAAAACUUAUAAUCCUAUAAGUUAAAUAUAAAUCCUAAUCAUCCAAACCAUAAAUCGUUAAGUUCAUUUUUUUCUAUUUUAUGGAAAAAGUCUGCAAGGGCUUUCCAGUUAGCAAUAAACAUAGAAAAUGCCUUUUCUGUGAUCAAAGAAAUCAAUGUCGGCAUCUCAGCAAGUUCCAUCUUCUUCACCAGCCAUUCCCCCAUUAUGGAUCGUGCCAAAUCUUUCCACUUUUCCACCUACCUCUCAGCUCCCUUUCCAAGCAC